GGAAAAAAAAAAAAAAAAAAAACCAAGAAAUGGGCUGCAUUUACUGGGCACUUUCUGUCCUGGUCGUCUUAAGGCGCUUGCUAAAACUCUCCUCGUCCAACUACACCAGAAAGGAGCUCAGGCGGAACUGAUAUUCAAGUCGGGAAAAUGAGAAACAGAUUGGGGAAGAAAUCAAGGCCACGUUCAACAAUGACAGGAAGGGCAGACUGGACACCAGCUUCUGGACAUGUGGUCCCAAGCCCAGGUCUGUGGCUUAAAGUAUAAAAUAAGAGAGCAUACACUCAAUCCUCUCACUGCAGAAAGUUUUGGUGUCUUUUGGUGAUGUGCUGUUUUCGGUACAAAAAUAAGGAAGAUAAUAUUAAAUCUGUUGCUCAUUAAGAAAACAUGUGCCCCUUACAGGACAAAAUUGCAGCUGUAUAUCUUAUUUAAUUGUUAUUAGUUUGUAUCGCCCAAUGUUAAACUUUUAAUGUGUCCGUAAAUCUGUUUCUUACUGUCAGAGAAAUAUCUGUAUUAGGAACACACUGUGCAAGAAUGAAGACGAGAGAAGGGAAAUAUGAAUCCAGAAUACACAUUAUUAAUUUUUUAGGAAGCCAGGAAUGCCUCACGAAGCAUAUUAGAAAAAAAAGCCGAAACAGCUGGGAUUUCUGAUUUGCUUGAGAGAAAAACCUGCUGAAUCGAGACGCAGCCUUACAGGGCCAACUAUCUUCGACGGGGGAAAAGUGAGCAGGUAGAAAUGGGUUUGUGAUACACAGGUCAACUCUUAAACAUGACGUCACUGGCAGAACGUGUCAUGCUUUUCCAGCAGACACACAAUGAGCUGAGUGUCCUGUCACGUAAGCUGGAGUCAUGGAAUCUGGCCAUGGCGAGGGGCGCGGGGAGCUGGACCGGGAGGCAGGGAGAGCAGGUCUGGACCCCACCACCGACUCUCUGGGUGCUCUGAGGCUCGGAUUCUCUGAGCCUCGGCUUCUGUGUGAAAUGCAAAGAGCAUUUGUCUUUGGGGGCUUCAGGGAGAGAGAUGCUCUACAUAAAGUGAACGGAAUGGGCCGUUAAUCCCUAUUAGUGGAUCAUUUAGACAAAUAAAGGUUUGGGGGUCAAACCCAAAGCUAUGGCAAAGAAAGUGAACAGGGCCAUGGCUGGGAGGAGGGACAGCACUUCUGACCUGCUCUGAUGCAUCAUGUCCUGCCCACCUGCUCACCGCUGACAGCAGCUGUCCUCCCGUCCAGCCCACGAGGCAGCUGACUGUGGCUGGCAGUGCUGGGGAAGGUUCGGGGGCACAGGAGCCCUUUGGUGAUUUCCAGGGGUCAAAACAGAAUGGGAGAGGGGUCAGUGCAUGGAAGAACAACCAACCUCCAAACCAGCUUCCAAAUCUGAAAGGAGGCAAGCUUGCAGGAGGAAAGACCUCCGUCCUUUUGCUGGUCCCUGUUCUAACAGCUAUUCCAAUUCCCCUCUGGACAGGGUGAGAAUAUCCUCUUAUGUGGGAUUCUGAAUCUCUAAAAAGGCCGGUCCCACAUGGUAAUCACCCAUCUUCAACACUUCAUUUCUCUCCAGGUCUCUUUUCUGUGCCGAGCGUUUCCCCUCACGUGACGGGAGCCGUACGCCCUCUACAUUAUUGUAGGAGAAACAUCCACAGGGACACAAGGAGCAUGGGUGUCUUUACCUCAGGCACUGAUAUCUUCCUAGGUCUCUGGGGGAUGUAUGUGUCUCCAAGAAGCCCUGGAUGGAUGGACUUUAUCCAACAUUUGGGAGUGUGCUCUUUUGUUGCUCUCAUUUCAGUGGGCCUCUUGUCUAUGGCCUUUUCCGGGUGUCUGUCCACAUUCAUAGCCUUCAGCUCCUCCUGGAUGGUCACUUGUGUUCUGCUUUGCUGCUCCAAGCAUGCACGAUGUUUCAUUCUCCUCUUCUUCCUUUCCUGUGGCCUGCGGGAGGGCAGGAAUGCUUUGAUUGCAGCUGGCACAGGGAUAGUAAUCUUAGGACACGUGGAAAAUAUUUUUCAUAACUUCAAAGGUCUCCUGGACAGUAUGACUUGCAACCUAAGGGCCAAGAGCUUUUCCAUACAUUUUCCACUUUUGAAAAAAUAUAUUGAAGCCAUUCAGUGGAUUUAUGGCCUUGCCACUCACCUAAGUCUAUUUGAUGACCUUAUUUCUUGGAACCAGACUCUGGCAGUCUCUCUUUUCAGUCCCAGCCAAGCCCUGGAGGCACAGCUAAAUGACACCAAAGGCCAAGUGCUGGGUGUCUUGUACCAGAUGGUGACGGCAACAGAGGUAUUGUCCUCCCUGGGACGGCAGCUCCUUGCCCUAGCAGGGCUUUUGCUGGUGCUACUUGGCACUGGCCUCUUCAUGAAGCGAUUUUUGGACCCUUGUGGUUGGAAGUUUGAAAAUAUCUUCAUCACUAAACAAUUUGUUCGGUUCGAUGAAAUGGAGAGGCAACUGCAGAGGCCCUGUGUCCUCCCACUGAAUAAGAAGGAAAGGAAGAAACACGUUGUCAUCCCAUCUUUCUGGCCGUCUCCUAAAGAGAGGAAGAACCUGGGGCUGUUUUUCCUCCCCAUUCUUACCCACCUCUACAUCUGGGUGCUGUUUGCAGCCAUAGAUUAUCUUCUGUAUCAGCUCAUUUUCUCAGUGGGCAAACAUUUCCAAGGCUUGCCAGGGCUGGAGGUCCACCUGAAACUGCACAGAGAGGAGCAAGGAACUCAAGACAUCAUACAUGACUCUUCCUUUAACAUAUCUCUGUUUGAACCCACCUGCAUCCCCGAGCCAAAGCUCCUUCUGUCUAAGACCUGGGUUCCUCUCAGCAUUAUUCUUGUGAUACUAGUGGUGCUGGGACUGCUGUCCUCCAUCCUGACGCAGCUUAAAAUCCUGGUGUCCGCGUCCUUCUACCCCACCGUGCAGACGGAGCGCGUCCGGCACCUGCAUGUGAAGCUCCUGAAGAAGAGAGCAAAGCAGGCACUGGGAGGAGGAAACAGUAAAGAGAAUCUCUACUUUACAAAGGCAAGGCAAGCCAAGAUGGCGAUGUAAUCUGUAAUGAAGGAGACUUUGGGUUUGAAGGGCCAGUGGACUUGCAAAGCACCCUUCAAUUUCAUGUUAGGGUUCACACCCCUAGCAAUAGAUAGGACACCAGGGGGAGAAAAUUAAUGGACAUGUGUGGCUAAGGCUCUUCGCUUCGUGCUUUUGAAUGGGCCAGAUGGGUCUGCAAGAUAUUUUUCAAAACGCUGAUUUCUUUUUUUUUUUUAUUUUUUAAUUUUUUUUUUAACAUUUAUUUUUCAG